AGUAAUCGGCAGCAAACGUUGAGCAGUACUAACGUUCUAGUCUAGAUGCACGUUCGCUGACAUUCCCAUUCCCUUGUCCUACACGCUCCCGAUGUAUACGUUUAGACCGGAACAUGCGGAAGAUAAGACUUCAACUCACCUCCACAGUUCCGUGAAGCAUCCAAACUUAGAACUGUCAAAGACCACAGUUGCGUGUAGCAUGAGUCGAGUUCUAACUCGUGUCAACUGUUGCGGUCAAUCUACGCCGGCCUUUUCGAAGUAGACGACCCGGAACUCGUACCAGUCUUCGAGAAUCCAGAGCAGACACGGUAUCAAGCGAGUAGGACCCACAAUGUACGACCAGACUGCUCUACUCUCUUUGUGCAGUUGCAUGCUGCUAUGGCACGAGGUCACUGCGUCAGAUAAGCAACCAAUCAUCGGAUGCGGUAAAAACAACACGUUGAAAUCGCAGUCAUUGAUACUGUACGAGCUGGAAGGUCAUGAUGCUUUUGUUAAAGUAUGGAGUCCUUAUGGGCAACGAGACUCUCAACUUCCUGUCUGGUCUGUGAACGUUAGGCAAUCUGAUACUAACGUUACCAUAGAGGAAGUCAAGUCAGCCAUGAUUGUACACUACAGUGCAUUGACUGUAUAUCACAUGGAAACGAGGUUCAACAACAUCAAGUUUCAAUAUAAUCUUCCAUCUGUCAACAACGACAGUGUAUACACAAGUGGAUGGUUGACUCUCAGAAUUGGCUAUGCUCCAAAAGUGUCUCAUCAAAGAAUAAUAGAGAUCGAUGCUGUCAGGGGUGACAAAUUUCCCAAAACUUGUUUUGGUAUCGUGGGCAGUCCAAUGCCCACCUUUUCCAUUUUCAAACUGUUGGAAAAUAAUUCUGCAAUUCAACUCGAUACAUUCAAGUAUCGGUUCCAUGCAGACUGCAUUCAAAUGGAGUUACUUUCACCUCAUGAUAAUGGCCUCUAUCGAGUUGUUGCAGAAAAUUGUUUUGGAAAAGAUUUUAUCAAGUUCUCAUUGUCUAUAAAGGCACAUCCAUCUAUCAAGAUCGCGUAUCCUACGAGUGAGAAAAGGUCACUAACUGUGAUUCAGGGAAGCAAUUUAGUUAUCGGUUACAAUGUCACCGGUAGUCCAGAGCUACGAACAACAUGGUUCUACGAAAGAGAAUCCUUGAUCAACAAUUCCAGGAUAUCGUACAAUUGGACACACCUAGUUGUUAAGAAUGUGUCAGCAACCGAUGCUGGUUUGUACACAAUUGUGGUGAAAAACUCCAUAGGAUCAGACCACAACUGCUUCUUUUUGCUCGUGCAAAGUGAUACACCUGCUACUGCUAGUAGCGGUGAUGGUGGUGAACUAUGGCUUACCACUGUAGGAACGUCAAUAGUCAGUGGAUUGAUUGGAGCAUUGAUUGCUGCAUUGCUCGUGUUCAGAAAGAUGAGGUCGUUAAAACAAACAAGAACAAUAACAAGUCCACUAGACAACAACUCAGAAUACUGUGAAAUGCAUCGAUGUCCCGGUGGAAGACAGCCCGCUUGGGUUCGACCGUACUCGAUUAGCAAAGUGCCAGGAUGUUUAGAAGUUGCAGGAUACUGGAUACCGGAUACAACUACCAAUCAAACCAGUGACAGAAGCCAAGAAAGUACAACAGAACAGUCGCCACAUCCAUGCAGCAAUAAGUAUGAAAACACGGGUCAUAACAAUGAAACACAGCAGAACGCAAAUGAUAACACACCUGAUCCUGUAAACAGCAGCAGCAACAGAGGACACAACCAUGGUUAUGUUAAUGUGCCUAAUGACCAAACAGUGGAGGCCACACUGACUUCAGGCCAGUGAAUUUGGCAAACUCGUUCAUGUUGUGCUGUAUGUAUUAUUAAAUGUAUAAUUGAAAGUUAAGCUUUUGGAAGUUCUUUACUUUUGUACAUACUUCAUGUACACACAAAAUUUUGUGUGAAAUGUUUGAAAUAAAUCAAAA